CAGUUCUGCUUUGGAAGGGAGCUACCAUUCCUACACCACAGGGGUUACUGGGUCAGCCACACCAGAGGAACAAGCAGUCUCAACUCUUCUCCCCCCAUUUACUUCUACUCAAUAGUCUAAUCCUGAAAGGGAGGGGGACGGGGAGUUAUCUGGCAGCCAGCUGAUCUUUGCUGUGGUAUUCUGCGCUCUGAGGCUGAGAGAAAAGUAGGCAGAGUAGACUUGUCUCUUCUUUUUUGCACUCAGAUAGAGGAAGUUGAAAGAAAACUGAAGAUCUACAGUCGCAUGAGAGGUUGCGCAUGCAGCAGGAAGCAAAGAUGCUUUGUGACAAAAACAUGAAGCUUAGCUUUAUGACCACGUGAAUUCUGCCUGCCACUGAGAAAAACAUCUGCAAAAGAGGAGAGUAAAAGAGGGAAGGAGAGAGUGACUCACUAGUUUGGAUUCAUCCAGAAGGUGUUCCAGUAAAGGUUUGGCAGAUCACAAGCAAGAAGUCAGAAAUGUCUUGGCUGUCACCCGUACAGUGGGCCAAAUGGACCUGGACAGCAGUUAGGGGAGGAGGAGAGGAAGAAGGGGAGACGGAUUCAAGGAUGGACGAUGAGACUUUCACGGAAGAAUUGCAAGACGCUAAAACAAGAGAUCAAGAGGAGGAUGAAAGGUCUCAUGGCUGCAGUUCAGAUUCAGAGGGCCAAUUUGAAACACCUGAAGCUGAGACACCUGUCCAUCAGCCACUGAAAGAGCCGACAGCAUUGGAUCAUCCAGUUGCUGAGAGCACAGGUUACUCAGAAGAUGGUGUUAAUCAGUUGACCUCUAUCAUCACCCAGAACCUCACCCUGACUGAGAACUUUCCUGAGGAUGCACCUGCCCCGGUCCAAUGGCAGACCAGUGUCGACCCCAGCCUGACACUGAAACCCAGGAACCAGACUUCCUCUGCUGAAAUGGACAUGGACCAGCCUGAUCCUGUUGAAGCAGGUCUGACAGUUGAUGCAGAGCCCAUCUGCAAUGGUCAUAUUGAAGAACCAUCCCCCAAAUCACAGACCAAACCAAGACCUCCUUCCCUCAAGGUGAAGGCCCCACUUAAUGGCAUAGACCCCAACGAGGUGGAUGACAACCCGCCGAUUCUUCCGAAAGGAAGCUACAACUUCAACUCUGUACAGUUUAACGACAACAUCAAUCCGUUCGCCACUGGACAUUCUAAGUUGCAGAACUCUCCACCUGCCAAUGUCAGUAUUCCCAAAUCAGAACUAACAGAUGAAACAUCUGCUCAGCCAGUUAAGUUGGAGUUUGGAUUUGAUGAUGGCAAAGCCAAGAAACCUCCACCCAAGAAGCUUGGAAAGAAGACAAGCAGCAAGCUGGCUCCUCCAAAAACUCAGCGACCAAAAGCUGCAGAAUCAGCAGCUUCACUGCCAGAGACGUCAUUAGAACAAGACAAACCACCAUCUCAGAACGUAGUCCCCAUGUACGUUGAUGAUAUUCCCAUUCCUAAGAAAUCCUACAACUUUGACCCAAAUCAAUGGGAUGAUCCCAACUUUAAUCCUUUCGGAGGAAACAGUAAACUUAGUAACUCAACGACACUCCCUAAAGGAUCGUCUAAUUUUGACCCUGAUAACUUUGAUGAUUCUGUUGAACCUUUUAAGCCACCAAAGACCUUAGGGGGAGGUGACGUUAUUAAACCAAUGACAGAGAAGCUAAAGGACAAACACAAACCAGAGGAAACUCUGGAGCAGCGUAAGAAAGCAGGACAGUCACCGAAGAAAAACAAGGACAGAACCAUUACGAACUCUUGUAAAGUAAAGAAGUAUGACAACCAGUCCUUAGACCUGGAUGUCUGCAAUCAGGAGAAAGACGUUCAGGAGGAUCCUACAUCUGAGUUGCCUCACCGCGUGCAGCAUGCCACCGAUGAGGAGAAACUUGUCAUGGGGCAGAAAGAUGGGGUGGAUGAGUUUUCAGACUGCACCGAAACCUUUACUAAGACUGCAGAUGAUCUGCCAGUGGGCAUAAAGCACCAGUUUGAUGAGAAGGACCUCACCUCUCCGAGUCCAGCUUUGAGUUCUUCAGACAGUGAGACUGUUGAGAAGUUGAGUCCAGGGCUGGAUUCAAUAUCUCUCAGUGAGAUGGACAAGGCAGCAGUGCUCACACUGAUCAGAGAAGAGAUAAUCUCCAAAGAGAUCGAAGCCAAUGAGUGGAAGAGACAAUAUGAAGAGAGUAGACAAGAGGUCAUUGAAAUGAGGAAAAUAGUGGAUGAGUAUGAGAAGACAGUGGCCCAAAUGAUUGAGGAUGAGCAAUGUAAGAACAUAGGAUCUGAGAAAAGUGUCCACCAGAUAACUUCGGAGAGAGAUCAGGCCCUAGCCGACCUCAACUCUGUGGAACGCUCGCUGUCCGACCUGUUUAGACGCUACGAAAACAUGAAGACUGUCCUUGAGGGUUUUAAGAAGAAUGAGGAAGUGCUAAAGAAGUGUGCUCAGGACUACCUCGUACGCGUAAGGCAGGAGGAACAACGUUAUCAGACUCUCAAAAUCCAUGCAGAGGAGAAACUUGAAAGAGCGAAUGAAGAAAUAGCUCAGGUGCGAGCUAAGUCCAACGCAGAGAGUGUGGCGCUGAAUGCCAGCCUGAGAAAAGAGCAAAUGAAGGUGGAGUCAAUGGAGCGAGCGCUUGAACAGAAGAAUCAGGAAUUUGAAGAGCUUUCCAAGAUUUGUGAUGAGCUCAUAGCCAAGUUGGGCACAGCGGACUAAGAGGAUGGAGAACAUACUUGUAUUGUUGCUUAAAAUCCCUGUCUCACCCAAACCCACUCUGGCCACACCUUUAGGUCUCCCGUUGAUUUUUCCUAAUUGGAAAUCUUAAUGGAGUCACUUUUCCAUGGAUCUAGCUAUAUCAAAGAUAAUUCAGAAACAGUCAGCAUUUUUUUUUUUUGGCAUAUUUAAAAGUGCUGAUGUUGAACUAACAUCCAUAUUGCCAUAAUCCACAUGUGCGGGUAUAAAAUAUUUUUUAAUGGUGAGAGUUUUGAAAAGUGUGGUUAGAAACCACACGCAUAUCUCAUUCUGAUUACUGCUUCAGAAUUUCUGCAGAGUUUGUGUACAUUGAAGAUUCAGCUGUUCAGCUGCGUGAAUAAGACUUUGGGAGAAUUCCUCUGGGGGUGUGUGUAAGGUCAGUUGUCCAUAUAAACAUGUGGGAAUGAAGGUAAUUGGCCUUGUCUGUAGUUUACAUGAUCGCACUGCUGCUAUUUGUACCAGAGGGAGCAAAUCAUAUUAUUUACAAUUACAAUUAAUACUUGCCAUGAUUGCCCGCGACCCUGUACACAGGAUAAGCGGUUGACGAUGGAUGGAUGGAUGGACUUGCCAUGAUUGAGCAUUGUACUGUAAUUUUGAUGCUUAAUUCACACUUUGAGCACAUGAUACAAAUUUAAAGAAAAUCUUUUAGCAUAUUCAAAAUGUAUAUUUUAAGAGAUUGCACACAGGUUGCAGUUCCAUACAUUGCUUUUCUUCCUCGUUAAUUGUUUUUGUGCCAAAUCAUCAGAGCGACUGUGUGGUGUUACCAGAAGUGAUAUUAAUGAAAUCUGAUUAGUUAUCUUCCAAUCAAAUGCUCACAUUGCAAAAUUUCACAGCACCAUUUUUCAAACUAACUGAAUGCACAUAAACAUUCGACACAAACAUUUGAUUAUUUAAUGAAUUGCAUUGUAUUAAAAUCUGCAUGAAGUACAAUGUUUGUCACAGGUUAAAAUCGUUUAGUUGUUUAUGCUAUCACAUAGUCAGUUGCAUAGAUCCUGUCAAAGUGCUUUGGUUACUACAAAGUUGCCUGUGGACAAAUCAUCUUUAAACCAUUCAAUGAAGUCACUGCAAGAAUUGACAAUCAUUUGCCAGACUUGCUAUGUGCCUGAUGCUAAAGUGAUGCUAACUCCUCUGUGCUAUCUUAUGCAAUAUUUCUGCUCAGAAUAACCAGCUGCCAAAAGAAACAGCUAGCCAUGUGCCAAACAUAAAUGGGUAUGUGGAGAAAUACAAAAAUAGCCUGUAAAUUGUCAUGUCAUUUUGUUGUUUAAGAAGCGUUUUGAUGUUCUUUACAGUACUCACUGAAAUCUGAACUGUGUGUAUUUUUAUGAGAAUAUAUAUAUAUUUUUUUUUAUUGUUUUAUUAAUGAUUGUAAAGUGGAAGAGAGAGAGAUAGAGAGUUGCUCAGAAAUCCCAUUAACUAAUAUAUAUUUUGUGAAUAAGUGCAGUACCUAAAUAAAAGUAAUAAUUUGCCUGGUUUUGUUGCAUCAUUCUUACUAAAUAUUGCAAUAUUUGAAACUAUGGUAGAAACAAUUACUAAUCAAGAUCUAAUUUAAAGAAAAGAUGCAGUCCUCAUUUUACAAUAUCACAGUCUUAGCGACCACUUCUACACUGAAAUUAGUCUCAUAUUGUCAGGGAGGUGCAUACUGUUGCUAAUGUUCGGGUGAUGGGUGCACACUAUGGGAUUAUGGUGAGGUGUUUUGUAGUUAAGACUCUCACGCUGUCCCAGGACUUCUUUCUGAUACAUUCUCCUCAACAUGAAGGGUCUCGUAGCUGUGCUGGUUCUGUUUGUUGCUGUGCUACACACUGUGUUGUCUUGUCCGGUGUGUGAAGGUGAGGGACUGAAGUGUUACACCUGUGUGGCUAAUAACCAGGAGGAGUGUAACCAACAGGGGUCUACAGUGUGUCCGGCUAACUCAGAUGCCUGCUCUACUAUCAUAGGACCCCACUCAGUUAUGAAGUCAUGUGCUUACAAGUCCUUCUGUGAUAUGUCUCACAUGAGCAAAGGUGAGAUGAAGCUGGAAUGCUGCUUUAACGAUGACUGUAACGGCCCCCACCAGUACCACAGCCACGGGGAGCACCCCAACAUUGCCAUGGCCCUGAGCUCCAGCCCUAUCCUGCUCCUGGGGGCCCUGCUCAUUAGAGUGGCUGUCAAUUCACUGUAAACCCUAAACACUCCGACCUGGAGUACUGCACAUUGAAUAAAUCCUCAUCUGAUGGAUUAAAGUAAACUGUAAAUGUUAACUGUAAAUGUAACUGAUAGCUGAGCUUUUGUCUACUGGGUGGCCAUGCGUGUGCUCUUGCUGUUAUACAUACAAGGUUUAAAUAAGCCCUGCUGCUUAAGAUCUGUGUCAUUUUAUGUUGUGUAUGAGCUCAAAUUAUGAAUAAAGUAAUAAAUGACCAAUAUG